GUGUGUGUGACUAAGUGUUUGAGACAGAGCGAGAGAGUAGGAGAGAAAGAACACAUGACUGACUGUUCACUGGCCGGAGCUCAGAGGAACAGCUCUGUGCCAUGCGGUCCUUCCUCCUCCUCCUCCUCACCUUCCUGCUGGCUGUGUGUGAGGUUCAACGAGCCUCAGCUUUUCGAAUCUGUGCCUUCAACCUGCAUCACUUUGGGGACUCCAAGUCAAAGAAGAGCGAUGUGAUGCACACCCUCACCAGGAUUAUCGCUCGCUGUGAUGUGUGUUUGCUCCAAGAAGUGAGAGACGCACAAGGGAACGCUGUACCACUGCUGCUCCGCCAGCUGAACAGGUACGACCCUGAACACGACUACGCUGCAGUGGCCAGUGAGCGGCUGGGCCGGACCUCCUACCAGGAGCAGUACGUGUUUGUUUACAGGACGGACACGGCGACGCUCACCGGCCGGUAUCAAUACCCAGACGACCGGCUGGGAGAUGUGGACGCUUUCUCCAGAGAGCCUUUCGUUGUCCGCUUCAAAGCCCCCCAGACAGAUAUACGGGAGUUUGUGCUCAUCCCUCAGCACACCACGCCAGCCAACGCCACCAGAGAGCUGGACGCCCUGUACGACGUGCUGCAGCAUGUGAAGGCCAUGUGGACCACUCCGAAUGUGAUGCUUCUCGGGGACUUCAACGCUGAUUGUGCCUACCUCGCUAAGAAGAACCGGAAGAACGUGCGCCUGAUUACAGGGAAGAGCCUCUAUUGGCUCAUUCCAGAAAAGACGGACACCACUGUGCGGUCGAGCACCUCCUGCACCUACGACAGGAUUGUGGUGCAUGGGGAACGGUUUGCCAGGGCAGUUGUGCCCCUUUCAGCCAGAGCCUUUAACUUCCAGCUGGAAUACCGACUCUCAGAGGACCAGGCGCUGGAGGUCAGUGACCACUACCCGGUGGAGGUCCUGCUGAAAGACAGCGCACACACAGCCUCCUUCCAAGAUUCAAGAUGUUUUAUUUGUCACAUACACACACAGGGUGUGCAGUGAAAUGAAAGUGGCAAUGCUCAGCAGGAAUGUGCAAGGGCAACAAGUACACACUAUUUACAAAUAAAAAACAACACAAUAUUUACAGUAA